AUGACCGACUAUCCAGAAGAACCUUUGAAGCGUCCUACAUCGAACAUAGUCGGCACCGUAGAAACCGCAGCAGAGGGGAACAUCGACCUUUUGGUAGGCGAGGAUGACAAUCCCGCUCUUGCUGCUAAAAUUCACCUAAUCAACGAUGCUAUUGAUGAGAUUGGCUGGACCGGUUUCCACUGGAAGCUCUUCUUCCUGAACGGCUUCGGCUAUGCUGUCGAUUCGAUGGUACUUAUACUCCAGGGAAUUAUUGCCAACCAGGCAUACUUGGAAAUUGGUGACGGCGGUUACCAGACUGGCCUAACGUUUGCUCUCUACGCUGGCCUCUUAGUUGGUGCCCUGUUCUGGGGUUUUGGAGCCGACAUCAUUGGCCGUCGUAUCGCGUUCAACAUCACGUUGUUUAUUGCUUCUAUGGCAUGUAUUGUUGCCGGUGCAUCUCCUAACUGGGGGGCCUUGGGCUUUUUUAUAUCGCUCAUUGGCUUUGGCGCCGGUGGUAAUCUCAUCCUUGAUUCGACUGUCUUUCUCGAAUUUCUCCCAUCCGACAAGCAGUGGGCUAUCACCGCCCUUGCCGGCUGGUGGGGUCUUGGUCAGGCUCUUCCCGGCUUUAUCGCCUGGGGGAUCUUCGUUCGUUCAGAUUGGAGCUGUACUGCAGCCUCUCAUUGCACCUGGGAGAACAACAAGGGUUGGGGACUUAUCAUGUUCAUCUCCGGUGCCUUCUUCUUCGUCCUGUCUUUGCUCCGGCUCGUGAUUAUCCGCCUUCAAGAGACGCCCAAAUUCCUUGUCAACGCAGGUCGUGACGAAGAGCUCGUUGAGAACCUUCAAGGCCUUGCAGCCAAGUACGGUCGUUCUUGCUCAUUGACUAUUGAGCAGCUUAAGGCUUGCGGGGAGAGCCGAUCUUCGAUCAGGAAGAGGACACCGCGGGGUAUCAUGGCGGAGCUAACCCACCAUGUGGCUGGACUAUUCGCAACAAGGAAGCUCGCAUUAUCCACUUCCCUGGUGUGGCUCUCCUGGACUAUGAUAGGUCUUGCCUACCCCCUGUUCUACGUAUUUCUCCCGUGA